AUGCAGGACGACGAAUAUCGCGGAUAUCGUAUUCCAGGAGACACUAUGGUCAUCCCGAACAUUUGGGCCAUGUCACAAGACGUGACAUUCUAUCCAAAGCCUCAGCAGUUCCGUCCUGAACGGUUCGCCGAAAUGGACUCACAGACGAGCGCGUCGAGAGACCCGCGGCAAUUCGUGUUUGGGUUCGGCAGACGCAUCUGCCCAGGCCGGCUGUUUGCCGAAGAGGGAAUGUGGAUCGCCUUCGCAAGCAUCAUAGCCACGAUGGAAAUCACCAAGGCGCGCGACGUACACGGCAACGAUAUCACACCUCCGCUCGCCUUUCAAGCAGGGUUCGCCAGUCGUGCUCUUCCGUUCCGAUGCUUCAUUCAUCCACGAUCCAGUGCAAUUGUUGACAUCGUACGACAGAUGAACGCGUACGCCGCUGCUUAG